AUGGACCCGGGCCCCUCGCUGGGAUCCAGUCUCAAGGAUGUGAAGUGGAGCGCGGUGUCCGUCCCCUUGGACCAGCUGGUUAGCACCUACCGGCUGCCCCAGCUCGUGCGGCUGGACAGCGGAGACGCUGUUGAAGGCCUUCGAGAAAAUGAUUACCUUGUGAUUCAUUCAUGCCGGCAGUGGACAACAAUUACAGCUCAUAGUCUGGAGGAGGGUCAUUAUGUCAUAGGGCCAAAGAUAGAAAUCCCUGUACAUUAUGCAGGGCAGUUUAAGCUGCUGGAACAAGACCGAGAUAUUAAGGAGCCAGUGCAGUAUUUUAACAGUGUGGAGGAGGUGGCUAAAGCAUUUCCUGAACGAGUUUACGUCAUGGAGGAAAUAACUUUCAACGUUAAGGUGGCUUCGGGUGAAUGCAAUGAAGACACAGAGGUUUAUAAUAUCACCCUCAGCACUGGGGAUGAACUCACUUUAAUGGGACAAGCGGAAAUCCUUUAUGCAAAAACGUCCAAGGAAAAAUCACGACUCAACACCAUCUUCAAGAAAAUUGGGAAACUUAAUUCCAUCAGCAAGCUAGGCAGAGGCAAAAUGCCGUGUCUCAUCUGCAUGAACCAUAGGACCAAUGAAAGCAUUAGCCUUCCUUUCCAGUGCAAGGGCAGAUUUAGCACCCGCAGUCCACUGGAGCUACAGAUGCAAGAAGGUGAGCACACAAUUCGCAAUAUAGUAGAAAAAACAAGGUUGCCUGUUAAUGUAACUGUGCCAAGCCCCACACCAAGAAACCCUUAUGACCUGCAUUUUAUCCGCGAAGGGCAUAGAUACAAGUUUGUCAACAUUCAAACCAAGACUGUGGUGGUUUGUUGUGUGCUGCGUGGUAACAAAGUUAUUCCAAUGCAUUUUCCCUUGCACUUGACUCUUCCAAAGUUUAGCCUCCCAGAGAGUCUUGUGAAGGGGGAGCUGUGGCAUGAAACCUUGGUCCAGCACUGGUUUAAUAUCUGCCAGGAACAGUUUGACAUAGAUGAAUAUUCCCGAGCAGUGCGAGAUGUGAAAACUGACUGGAAUGAAGAUUGUAAGAGCCCUAAGAAAAGUCGAUGCACUGGGCACAAUCAUGUGCCCAAUUCUCUCAGCUAUGCCCGGGAUGAACUAACGCAGUCCUUUCACCGUCUCUCAGUUUGCGUUUAUGGAAACAACUUGCAUGGAAAUAGUGAAGUGAACCUUCAUGGGUGCAGAGAUUUGUGUAGCGAGUGGGCCCUGUUUUCUCAUGAUGCUCUUCAGUACCAGGACUCUGGUGAUAGUAGCAGUGACUACCUUUUUCCUGAAGUUAGUGAAGAAUCAAUGUUUCUACCUGGAAAACCAGAACUCCCUUAUGAAGAACUGUGGCUGGACCAAGAAUCUGGGAAGCCCAACGAUCAGCCUCUUACUCGCUCACUAAGUGAAAAAACCAAAUGUGAUAAUUACAGAAGUUCUUUCCGGUCAAAGGGCGGUACUGCAUCUCUUCCUAUACCUGGAACUCUAGCAGCAGCAACAAAAUCUUCAGAUGUUUCCCUACCUCCACCUCCGGUGCCUCCCAAAUCAGAAGCUGUAAGAGAGGAAUGCAGGCUCCUCAAUGCUCCACCUGUUCCACCACGAAGUUCAAAGCCCUCGUCCACCAGUCCUUCCAUUCCUCCUCGCACAAUCAAACCAGCACGGCAACAGACUCGUUCUCCUAGCCCUACGCUGUCUUACUAUUCUUCAGGAUUGCACAACAUCAGCAUCACAGAAGGUGACACGACAAAUCCACCUGAGAGUGCCCCUGUUUCUUGCUACCCUUGCAACAUGAUGCAAACCGAAUCAAAAGAGCCUGACAGCAAGAUGCCUUUUGGAAGCCCCUCAGCUGAAGCUCUGCCUUCUAGGUUGUCCUGGCCAAACCAUUUUUCUGGAGCUGCCGAAGGCUUAAACAGGAACGAUUUUCUGCUGGAUCCAAGCAGGAGUUACAGUUAUCCAAGACAGAAGACUCCAGGCACACCAAAGAGAAACUGUCCAGCCUCUUUUACUUUCGACUUUGAUGGGUGUGAACUCCCUGCUGGGUACACGCAGUUGGCCACAACAGAGUUCAGCAACACCAUCUCCAGUUGUCCAAAGUCAGCAAGCUACUCUUUAGAAUGCACUGAUGAGAAAAAUCUGGCAGUCAGCAAUGCAAAGCAGAGUCAUUCGUGCCCUGCCUUACCUCCUCGUGCGCCAAAAUCGAACGAUGAGAAGCCAGUUCUAGACACUUGUCCUCUGCCUCUGAAAAUAGACGGUGCAGAGGAAGAAUCUCAGACUGGUUCACCAGACCUCUCAGAAGAUCAAUAUCCUGUUAAAAAGGGCAUGCAGAACGUUUUCUCUGUUUCUUACCCAUUUUCGUCUCCCCUUCACCUUCAGUUAGCACCAAGGUCUUGUGGCGAUGGCUCUCCCUGGCUACCACCUACAGACCUUUCUGGGCUCUCAAUAGAAGAAGUAUCUAAAUCUCUGAGGUUUAUUGGUUUAUCAGAAGAUGUCAUAUCAUUCUUUGUUACAGAGAAGAUUGAUGGCAAUUUACUCGUUCAGCUUACAGAAGAGAUCCUUUCUGAGGACUUUAAGCUAAGCAAAUUGCAGGUUAAGAAAAUACUGCAGUUCAUUAAUGGCUGGCGGCCGAAGAUGUAG